AUGAAUAAAAAUCGUCGUGAAGCCAGCAGCUCAUCAUAUGCAAGAGGCAUGGGAAAUUUCGUCAGUCGGGCUCGGUCGAAGAGCAGAGUCGUGAUCGAGGAUAUCGAUGACGAUGAAAUUGAGGAAAUAAAUACGGUUAGUGGUGAAGGAUGAAAUAGUUAAUUUAAUGUUGUUGUCAGUGGGGUUGAAUUAGGCUCGACAAUAAUAACAAUAACCAUCCUCUGAAGCUGAAAGUGGACAUUGGCUACAUUUAUUCUGGUCGUAAAUGAUACUGAUUUUCAUUCAAAAUCUGAUAAUUAUGAUUUUCCUAUUAAUCAUAACCAUUACAAUUUCCUCAAAUGUGAUUAGUGCAUCAGCUGCUUAAUUUUUCACUAAUCAUUCUGUACAGUUGUAAUCGGACAGUGGAAUUAGACAAUUGGCUGUAAUCAGACAGUUGAAGCAGCCAAUCAUAUGAUGUCCACUCAGCUAAAUCCGCCAAUCAUAGAAUUGAUUGCGACAACCAUAGCAACAACCACCUAUCCAAAGAAAAACAAGGCAAUUUCCAAAAUGGAGAAAUAUUUAACUAAAGACAUUGUCUCCACCGGAGAUAUUUUUUCUAGGUGUAUUUGUAUUUUUGGAAAUUGAAAUGGUUAUGAUUAAUUGGUAACAGGAUUUCUUGUCGUCCAGUUCUGUCAGUAAUCAUACUCGUAAUAAACAAAUGAGACACUCGCUUUGCGGUCGUCUCAUGUUGUUAAUCACUUGUAUGACUACAGACUGAAUUGGACUCCACUUGGUCCUAUUACCAUUAUAAAUAAAAUUGUAAUCUGCAUGUUGAGUGUGGUUUGAGAGGGGAGGGGUGGGGUGGGGAUAUCAUUAUCUUAUUGAGGAAGGGAUUCUUAAACAGAAGCAAUAAGUGUAGUGCUAUCACUUCCCAGAUGCAUGUUCUUUUGUCUUAAUAGCUCCUUGAAUAUAAAAUUACCAUAUUUAUAGAGUAUCUUUCAGGAUUGUAAGCAAUGAUAUCUAAAAACUUGCCUUUGUUCUGUUUAGUGGGAACUUAACAUCAGUUUUUGAUAGGAAAUCACAGGUGCAAAUUUUUUAUGGUGUCAAUUAUUUAAUUCAAGUUUUCAGCUUAAAAUUCCAAUCAUCAAGGGUAGCUUAGUACACUCUAAUGAAAUUAUGGCAUGAAAUUCAUUCAUGUGUCGGGUCAAAAUUGUGUUUUUCUCACAGUAAACAGAUAAAGACUCGUUUCUCAUGUUCCAGGUGUAACAGUGAGGAAUUUGUUUUUUUUACUGUUAGUUUGAUGGAAUAAGUUAUCAGUUUUUGUGUUUUUACUUAUUGUUGUUCUGUAAUGCAGCAAGAGGUGGCAGAAACUGUGAGGAAUAACAGGUCAUCAAGACUGAGGACAAGGAGGCAAAAACGAGAGGCUGAAUUAAGUAAGAGGUUACCAUUGUAAUACUUUAUGAGCAUGUAAGAUUACUUAACCUCUCAACACUAAAGUUGCACUAGAAAUGAAUCAAAAAAAAAAACACUCACAGAGACAAGAAACAGGUUAAAUUUUCUAAUAGCAAACUCUUUGAUAUAAUCUAGGGAGGAAUAUAAGCUUGAACUGGUGCCACUGUAAUUUUGGUUCAGUCUCAGUAUCUGAGCUACUGGGCAGCUACUUUUACCCCUUCCCUAACCCAGGAUAUAUUUUGUUGUUAGUAUAUACCACACAGGUGAAUAGUGCCAUUUGGGCAAACUCAUUGGCUGGUUUGGAAAUGAAUAGCAAGUACUAUUCACCUCCGAGCAGCCAAUAAGACAAAAUCACAUGUCAAGAGUUGAAUUUGUUACCAUUUUUUGGUAUAUUGAAAGAAAUAAACUAAAUUUCUGGUGUCUGUAUGGUAUAUACCAAAAGAAUUAUUCACAUCAGUGUUGAUGAAAGUGGUGGGUAUUUACCUUGCUGCCUUAGGGCAUGGUGAAUAUCCACAUGUGUUCACCCCCACUUCAUUGAAUAAUUUUUAAAUAUUUGAAGUCAAUUGAUAGACUGUCCAGUAAAUUUAAUCUUUUCAGCAACAGGUAGUGGUGGUGAAGAGAAUGGUGAUUGGGAUGAAGAGGAGUUACAGGUAAGCAGAGAGCUUUUUUGUGGUAGAUGUUAUGUACUAACAGUUAAUAUUAACAUGAACAUGGGUAAGAUUCUCUACUCUUAUGGAACCAGCAAACUUUCAGGAAAACCAGAAGCAGUGGAAGACCUUUUCCAUGACUGUGCUUUCACUGUAAAGUAGGAUUAAUUAAGUCUUUCCAACAUUUGGGCUUGUUUCUGUUGAAAUUUAUCCUAUCCCUGUUCUGUGGGAGGAUGGGUAUAGGAGGACUUCUUCUUGUGCAUUUACUGUUAAAAUAUUCCACAAGUUUUAUCUACAAUGUGUUGGUACCCGUUUGUACUCAAAAGUUGGCUGACAAUUGCAGAGUGAAGUACCUUGCCCAAAACCAAGGCAGAUUCACCCUUGUUUGGACCCUAAACAUUCAAUCUUUCAAGAGCACAGAA